AUGGAAAAUGAGAUUCGAGCCCAAGCAGCUGCUCGCUACUAUUGGUGGGAAUGGCAGAGGUUCCUGCUGUUCACCCGGCAACAAACCGUACAUGCACCGCAAAACUGGCAACAAACUUCACCAGAGGUGCGACGUCAGAUCGUGAAUCGGGUCAAUGCGGCGUUGAAGUACGAGAAGAUUUCUGAGGCGCCGGAGGAAGUUAUUGAAUGGCGUAUGGAGACACUCUUGAGCCGUCGAUGCAGGGAUAAAGGACAGGAAUAG